GGGGCUGGGCUGGGCGUACUGCGCGCGGCGGCCUCGUGCUGGUUCGUCAGAUGGUUGCGUCCAUGAUGGAUCACGUCACACGUCGUGGUAUCGUCGGUAUCUCUGCUGGCCGUUCCCUAGCGCGCAUGCUGUGUGGUUCGACGGCGGGCGACCGUUCGUCUGCUGCUGGGGUGUUGGUAUAAAGACUGCUGCUCGCACGCGACCUUCUCCCCGACCUGCCCUUUGUGUUUCUCCCGUUUGUCCUUCUUUCCUUUCGCGACCAAGGGAGUCCCCAUCUUCCUCUCGCUGACGUCCUACCACCCUCCCCCUUCAACCUCACCUCUCUCCCACACAUCCCUCCCAUCAUUGGCCGCCUGCCAUGAACGCUCACAGCAAUAUGGACGCCGAAAAGGCCUUCGACCCUAACCUCAAACACGAGGUUGAGGUCCCUUCCGGCUCGGACGAUGGCCAUGGCACAUACGAGGAGCGUCCUCCCUUCAUGACCCGCAUGGGUUUGACCGCCGACUCGUUCCGGAGGCGCACCCUCGACGACAAGCACAACCAGCUCAACAAGACCAUGAAGACCCGUCAUUUGCACAUGAUUGCCAUUGGUGGUUCCAUUGGUGCUGGUCUCUUUGUCGGUUCCGGAGGCGCUCUGCGUCGUGGUGGUCCCGCUGCUCUCAUUAUUGGUUUCGGCAUCAUCGGUGUGAUGAUGUUCAACGUCGUCUACGCUCUCGGUGAACUCGCUUACGUCUACCCGAUUUCCGGUGGUUUCUACACUUACUCUGUCCGCUUCAUCGAUCCGUCUUGGGGUUUCGCCAUGGGUUGGAACUACGUCGCUCAAUGGGCCGUGGUGUUACCGCUGGAAUUAACAGUCGCCGCCUUGGUCGUGAAUUCAUUCGACGGGUUCAACAUCAACAUAGCCGUCUUCAUCACAGUCUUCCUGGUCGCAAUCAUCAUCAUCUCGAUCUUCGGUGUCCUCGGAUACGCAGAGGAGGAAUUCUGGGUCUCCGCUCUCAAACUCUCCGCAGUCGUCGUCUUCCUCAUCAUGGGCCUCGUCUUCGUCCUCGGAGGCGGUCCAUCCGACGGUGAAUUCAGCACCUACCAAGGAGGAAAGAGAUGGCACAACCCCGGCGCCUUCGCCAACGGCUUCCUCGGCGUCUGCCAAGUCUUCGUGACCGCCGCCUUCUCCUUCUCCGGCACCGAGCUCGUCGGUCUCGCCGCCGCCGAAUCUGCCACCCCUCAAAAAUCACUCCCGGGAGCCAUCAAGCAAGUCUUCUGGCGCAUCACCCUCUUCUACAUCCUCUCCCUCCUCUUCGUCGGUCUCCUCGUCGACCACAACGACCCCCGCCUCCUCGGCGACCCCAACGCCUCCGGCCUCAUCAACGUCGCCUCCUCCCCCUUCAAAAUCGUCGCCGACGCAGGCGGUGUCCCCGGUUUCGGAAUCUUCAUCAACAUCGUCGUCCUCCUCGCCGUCGUCUCCAUCGGUCUCUCCGGCGUCUACGGCGGCUCCCGCACCCUCACCGCUCUCGCCGAGCAAGGCUACGCCCCCAAAAUCUUCUGCUACAUCGACAAAGCCGGCCGACCCCUCUACUCCACCCUCUUCAUCAUCGCCUUCGGCCCCCUCGCCUACCUCGGCCUCGCAUCCUCCGGCGAAACCGUCUUCAACUGGCUCCUCUCCCUCUCCGGUCUCGCCGCCCUCUUCACCUGGGGCUCCAUCUGUCUCGCGCACAUCCGCUACCGCGCCGCAUGGAAGUACAACGGCCACUCCCUCGACGAACUCCCCUUCAAAGCCAUCUUCGGCGUCUACGGUUCAUGGGUCGGUCUCAUCCUCGUGGUGCUCGUGCUCAUCGCGCAGCUGUACACUGCCAUCCAGCCGAUGGACGUGGAGGCCUUUUUCCUCAACUACCUCGCUUUCUUCGUCGUCGUGUUCUUUUAUCUCGUCGGGUAUGCGUGGAAGCGCGGCCGAUGGAUUAAAAUCCACGAGAUUGAUAUCGACUCGGGGAGGAGGGCGAUUGAUUAUGAGGCUUUUGAGGCGGAGAAGUUGAGGACGAAGAAUCACGGUGCUUUUAGGAGGUUUAUGGGGAAGAUGUUUUAG